AUGACGAUGAACCCCGGUACGAGUGUGAUGGGGCUAAAGCGUGCAAUGUGCAAGAGGCUAAAGAGGGGGCCGCCGGAGAGCAUCGAUCUUUGUGAUGCAAAGGGCUGCAUCUUGGAGGAUGACCAUCGCUUUGUGUCAGACCAGGCUUUGUUCUGCAUUGGCGUAUCUUUGGGGCCACCAAAGACUGUGAAACUUGAGGUGAGAGACCAUCGAACCGGAGCGAGACUUCAUGUGGAGGUACUGGACACCGCGAGUAUGGAGACUGUCAGGAAGAAGGUGGCCCGGGAACUGCGAGUCAAAGAAAAGGAGAUACAAGUUGGACACCAGAAGUUCACGGGCUCAGCUCGCCGGUUUGAAGCGUUGGCCACAGACGAGUUGCUCAAUGGCAGGAGAAGAAUCUAUGUGAAUGGCACCACCGUCCUUAUCUACUUGAGCCUGGAUCAGGCUUUACAGCUUCAGCGUGACCUCAUCGUUGCUUACAGUGAGCCGAAGUUCCAGGCAGACCUUGACGGCUUGUUGAGCACAUAUCCAAUGCCGGAGUCAAUAACCCAGAUGAAAUUCCGGGAGGCAUUUGGCAAGCUUGUGCGCAUGGCACAGAAAGAGUGCCUAGCAAGGUGGGGCUUUGAAGGAGACUUUGCAGCCCAAAACAUGAUGACUGCUUUCGGAAAAGUUGCGCAUACGCCCGAAGUGUACUCCCUCAGCCUAGAGAUUGACAAACUCCUCCGUAUUACUUCAGGGGGAAUGAUUGCUGCUCCAAUCAAGCAAAAGAAACCUGAUCAGGCGGAACCCAAAACUGCUGAGCAGCAACCAUUUCGGCAGGAAACCGCAAAGGGAAAAGUUUCAAAAGCACCUGUUACCAUAACUGUUCGUCAAGCAGUUGACGAAGAGUUUGAAGCUCCUGCACCUUCAAUAAAGGUAACUGUUCCUGCAGAUGCCACCAUGCGCAAGGUCAAACAGGCAAUAUCAGAGAAGCUGGGCAUGAAGCGGACGACCACAAUAAAGCUAGUGUUUGAUCUGCAUGGAAGAGCUGCCAAGUUGCGGAAGACCGCAUCGCUGGACAGUGGCAUGACUUUUGCGUCCUUUAAAGAUGACGAGCAAAUUGGUUCACGCCGAGAGCUGCUAGUGCUUGGUGCAGAUUUGCGGCAGGCACCACAGCAUCUUCCGCGGCAGGUUGAGGUUUCUGUAGAGCUAAGUGGCUUGGGGUCCCUUCCAGAUGGAGAGGUGUUUGUGCAGGUUAGACGAACAGCAACAAUGCGGGAGGUGAGAGAAGCUGUGGCAUGGCAAGUUUUGACGAAUCAGGCUGAAACCAUCAUGCCCAGUGCCACCAAAGUCUCAGAGGUUGCAGGUAUUGGGAUGAUUGCUGCAACAAUAGGAGAUUCUAUAGCAGUGGACUUGCUCGCGGAUGAUGCUACAUUGGCUGAUUGCCGAAGGUUCCUUUGGGUCAGUGCGGAUUUGGCAGUUCAGCUACGCGACCCCGACCUCGACCAAUGUUUGAAGGAUGCUUUUGCAGAGGAUUCUCUAGAAUCACCGGGCUUGGAGAUGGAGGAAGUUCAGGACGAACCCAACAUGCCACAAGAUGUUGCCGCAGAUGAGGCCACAAGCCCUUCGAAUGCAGCGCAGAAAGAGGAUUCGCUGGAAUCACCGAACUUUAAGGUGGAGGAAGUUCAGGACGAGCCCAACAUGCCACAAGAUGUUGUCGCAGAUGAGGCCACAAGCCCUUCGAACGCAGCGCCAAAAGAGGAUUCCCUAAAAUCGCCGGGAUUGGAGGUGGAGGACGUCCAGGACGAGCCCCACAUGCCACAAGAUGUUGUCGCAGAUGAGGCCACAAGCCCUUCGAAUGCAGCACGAAAAGAGGAUUCGCUAGAAUCACCGGGUUUGGAGGUGGAGGAAGUUCAGGACGAGCCCAAAGUGCCACAAGAUGUUGUCGCAGAUGAGGCCACAAACCCUUUGAAUGCAGCAGGAAAAGAGGAGACUACUUUGUUGGUUGAAGUCCCGGAGAAUGCCACGGACUGGCAGGUUGAAACUCUUGACAAGUUCUUGCAGCUAAUAGGAGGUCGCGUUGCAAAACGAUCCCCUUGGCAGAACCAAUCAGGUAGAGACGGCUCUCAACGCAUCAUCCAACUUGCAGAUUUGGUUGUGAAUGAGAGUACAAAGCCACCAGAGUUGCCCGCCUCCGACCAAAUGGAUGUAGUUGUCCGCUCAAUCACUGCGGAAGGUUCGGGUGGAACUCUGCAUCUUUGUGUUCCAAAAGACGCCAAUGUUGGAAUGAUUCGCGAAUUGGUCACUCAACGUUGCGGUGGAGGCGGAGUGGCUGCUCACAUCCGCAUGGUGCGGCGCUUUACUGAAGUUCUUUUCCUGCCUGUGGAUGACAGUGAGCCAGUUGAGGAAGAAAUGCAUCUUUUGGGUAUCGACUUGGAGGGCGUUACGGAUGACGAACCUGAUACAGAAGCAAGAGCAGAAACAGGAACUGCAAAAUCUGAAUCGAUUGGUUUGCUCGUUGCUGCAAUGGAGCUUCUUGAAGACUCAGAAGUUCAAGAGCGCUUGCAGGAAGGACUGGAUGCAGACAGCCAUGAAGUUCUUGCGGGUUGGGAGCCGCCUUGGAUGGCUGAUGGAUUUGACGAGCUUGAUAGUUGCACACUCCAGACAGUGGUAGCUGGCACGAUUCACACUUGGGCUGAGAGUUUCUCCCAACUUGUUGAACAAAUGACAACCGCUGCUGCUGCUGCAGCUGGAGCUGCAGGUGUCAACCACGGUGAUGUCCAAGAAGAAGAUGAUGAAGUGUUGGCUUGUGAAGAUCAAAUGGGGGAAGCAGAUGAUGAUGGAGCUCUGAAGCUACUUGAGACACGUUGUGAAAGAGGUAAGCACGAGGAGGGAGACGCCGAAAGUGCCAUCAGUGCUAUCCAGCAGCAAAUCGAGCAGGUGUUAGCAGAGCCAGAGAUGGAACCGGAACAAGAACCAGAUCACGAUUUGAAUGUCGAGCAAGAAGAGGCUGACCAGAUUGUAAUGGUGGAGCUUGAGCACGUCAGCAGCUAA